AUGGACUCGCGCGCCUCCGCAUCCGUCUCUGCCGUCGCCGAGACGCGCGUCUUUCCCGCGUCGCGCGCCGCCGCCGGGGCGCUGGAGGAGCGCACCGCGCCACUCUCGAUCCUCGACGCCACCGUCGCCAACUUCAGCCCCACCGAGACGGUGCUGGCCUACGCCGCGCCCGCGCCGACUCCCGCUGCCCUGCGCGAGGCGCUGCGCCGCGUGCUGGAUGCGUAUCCGCAGUGGUGCGGCCGCCUGCACCGCCUCCCGUUCGACGCCGCCGCCCGCCGCUACGGCCGCCUGGCCCUGACCUGGGGCCGCGCCGACGACCCGGGCGUGGCCUUUGUCGACGCCCGCUGCGACAUGGCGCUGGCCAGCGCCGCUCCGCCCCGCCCCGCGCGCGAGCUGGACUGGGACCCGUCGGGCUUUCCGGCCGUCGAGCUGGUGCCCGCCACGCCGCUGGCCGCGCCCACCGCCCCGGGCGGCGACGACAGCCCGGAGCCGCGGCCAGCGCUGCUCGCCCAGGCGACGUCCUUCGCCUGCGGCGGGCUGGCCGUUGGUCUCCGCCUCGCGCACCCGCUCGCUGACGCCCACGCCCUCGCCAACUUCGUGCGCGACUGGGCCGCCGCAGCCCGCGGCCUCGCGCCGCCCGUCCCUGGCCCGCUCUUCGACCCCAGUCUCCUCGACGCCUACGCGGCGCCACCGCCACCCUCGGCCCGUGCCCUGCCGUGCAACCGCUUCGACUGGUGGAUCUCCAAUGCCGGCAGCCCCUUGCCGCCCGUCCACCCUCCCGCCGAGCUUCGGGCCGGGCCGCUCGACCCGCCCGGCACGCCCAUGCCCUGGGCCGACUGGGACGUGGCUGCGCCCGUCGCUGUGCGCGUGCUCCGCUUCUCUGGCGCCGAGCUGCUGCGCCUGUGGCAAGCCGCCGCCCGCGACGCCGGCGACGCCCGCCUCAGCCGGCUCGACGCCUUGCUGGGCCACGUCUGGUCGCGCGUCUGCCGCGCGCGGGGCCAGGCCGACAGCGACGAGCCGGUGACGCUCGACUACUCGCUGGGCGUGCGUGCGCGCCUGGACCCGCCGCUGCCCGAUCGCUUCGUGGGCUCGCCCCUGGUCAUCGCCGCCGCCACGGCGCCCGCGCGCGAAGUCUGCGGCGCCGCGACCAGCGCCAGCCUGCUGCUGCGCGCGACCGUCGCCGCGUUUACGCCUGCCGCCGUGGCGGGGCACCUGGCGGGCAAGCUGCAGGAGCAGAGCCCCCAGCGCCUGUGGCAGGCGUUCCUGGGGCGCAGCCAUCUGCUCGUCACCUCGUGGAUCCACACGCGCUUGUACGACGUUGACUUUGGCGGCGGCAGCCGCCCGCGCCUCGUCCAUGCUGCCAUGCCGCGCAUGGAUGGACUCGUGCAGCUGAUGGAGGCCCCGCCUGCCGAGGGCGUCCAGCAGCCUCCCAAGCACUGGGCUGACAACGGCGUCGACGUUCAGAUAUAUCUGGCUGCUCACACCAUGGAAAAACUUCUCCAGGACCCGGAGCUGAGGAAGUACCGGGAGUAG